UAGUGAAAUUUUUUUCGUCUGUCCCUCAUACCAAUAAGUGGAAGCGUCUCCCCCCCCCCCCCCCCCCCGCCCCCACCUCUGCCGAAUCUUGGUGACUUCGGGAUACCUCUGCGAAUAAGUAAUAUUUUAUUUCAAAGGUUCGUGAAACAUUAUCUCGUCGUCUUCAAGCCACACAAAUUUGGGCUCGAUGGAAACGAUGCUUAGGACACAAAGAUCGAUAUAGAGAUGGCACAAUCAAUAGCGAUGAUCGAACACGAUUAGAAUUAUUAAUUCCUCAAUCUACUUUAGGAACUAAGAUCGCAUUUGAAAUGGAUGAUCGUCGAAUAAAAACUGAUGCUAACGCAACUCUUCAAUAG